AUGCUGUCAGCACACCAGCAGGCUGCAAGGAGGCCACGCGCAUCCUCGACCGACCAUGCACCGCCACCACCCCUCGCCUCCCCUUCCUCCUCGUCCCCCACCUUGACCGCCGCCGCCGACAAGGUGCGGUCCAGCACAGCGCACCCUCUCGAUGCCGCCGACGACGACGACGAGCCGCAGCAGUGCUGGAUCUGCUACACCGACUCGACCGAGGACCCCUCGCGCCCCUUCAUCCACGCCUGCUCGUGCACCCUCGUCGCCCACGAGCAAUGCCUCCUCGACUGGCUCACGGCCCAGGCCACCUCGCCCCAGCAGCACCACCCGCACCCGCCGCGCUGCCCCGUGUGCGCGAGCCCGAUCGUCGUCCGCGAGCACCGCAGCGACCUGUUGCGCCUGUACCGCCGCGUGCGCCGCAACGCCGACAACGCGUCGCUCGUCGCCGCCGUCGGAGCCGUCGCCGCCAGCGCGUGGUUCGUCGCCGCCGCGUACGGCGCCUGGGCCGUCAGGACCUUCAUGGGCGACCAGGUCGCGAGGGCCCUCGUCCUGCGCCACGAGGGCGGCUUCCCCUGGCGGUACUGGCUCAACCUCCCGCUCAUCCCUUUCACCCUCAUCCUGUCGCGCACCCCUCUCAUCGACUCGCUCCUCCCCUUCCUCCCGCUCACCCUAGUCCUCUCGGCCGGCGGCGGGCCCCACCGCGCCCUCGGCUCGUCGCCCUUUUCCUUCGACCCGCUCGGCCUCGACGACCUCACCCUGCGGUACCCUCCCUCGCCCACGUUGACCGUCUGCCUCCUCCCCUGGCUCCGCCUCGUCUACCUCCGCCUCCGCCUCCGACUCUUUCACGCCGUCCUCGGCCGCCGCAAACGGUUCCGCGGCCUCGCGGGCGUCUUUGAGGAGGCGACCGCCGACGACGACGACGACCUCGUCGGCGCGCACGACGGCGGCGAUGGCGACGGUGACGAGGCGGGCGCAGCGGCGAGGACGACGAGGACGCGCGGCGAGGCGCUCGAGCUCGUCGCCACGCUCGAGGUCGACGUCGAGGAGCGCGCCCUGCCCGGCGCCGCCGCCGACCACCCUGCCGGCGCGCAGCAGCUCCCCGCCGCCGCAGCCGCCGCCGCCGCCGACGCACCCCCGACGGCGACGACCACCACGACGACCUCUCGCCUCCGAAUCGGCAUGGGCCGCCUCACCUCGCUCGUCCUCGGCGCCCUCGUCUUUCCCGCCCUGUCGGCCGCAGCCGGCUCGGCCCUGUUCUGGCUCGCCAAGAGACGGGGCAACAACGCGCCCCUGCGCGCACUCAGGGCCGUCCUUGGCGUCGGCGCCGUGCUCGCUGCGCGCGGUGGUGCGGGCCCGGGCUCGGGCUCGUCCUCGGGCGCCGGCACCGGCCUCGGCGCGAGCUGGAUCGCGCAGCUCGCUGCGCUCGGCGGCGGCGGCAGCGGCGGCGUUGGCGGCACGCGCCGAGCGGCGACCGUCGUCGACCCCAAGUGGCUCCGCAACACGCUCGGCGCCGCGCUCGUGCUCGUCGUGCGCGACGUGUGCGAGCUCACGGCGGGCGUGCUCGAGCAGCGCAGGAGGCGCUCGAGGCGCGUCGUGGAGAGGCCGUUCAGGCCGGGCAUGGGCUCGAGCGGCGGCGCGGGCGGCGGUGCGGCGGCGGGACAGGGUGGGGCGAGGGGAGAGGGGGUGGCGGUGAGCAGCGGCGGGAGGAACGCCCAGGGGCGAGAGGCCGUCGUCCACACGCUGCUGUAGCUCUCGCGCUCGCACUCUCUGUAACGCUUUCCUCUC